AUGUCAAUUAUCCCAACGACGAACCCCUUGGAGGAAAACUCUUCCCUUGCACUGCCACAACUGUCACGGGAGAACCCCUUGUUCGUGAGCAAAGACGUGGAUUGGAAGGAGACGGCAGAAGCGGACGUGUUCAGGGCUGAUAUGACGGGUCUGAACAAAGAGGAGGUGAAGGUUGAAGUUAAAGAAGGCGGUGUGCUUCAGAUAAGCGCCGAGAGGAGCGUACAAAGGGAAGAAAACAACGGUAAUGCCAUGCACCACGUCGAGUGCGCCACUGGAAGAUUCUCCAGGAGCUUCACUCUUCCUGCUAAUGCUAGAAUGGAUCAGCUCAAAGCUUCCAUCGACAAUGGGGUUCUAACUGUCACUAUCCCCAAAAACGACCUCAACCUAUUGCAUGCUGUUUCCAAUUGA